AGUUUUCAGAUCUGAUGUAAUGUGAUAGAUACGUAUGGCACUGGCAGGGUGAGGGUCGCGAAGGCCCACUCCAGAGAUUCAUCUUUGACGCAGAAGCUCACUUUCAUCACUUGAUUUCGAUUUCGAUCCUUUUUUUAUUUUUCAUGAUUGUUGAUGAGGCGAGGUGUCCGCAUUCCUGCAGGCGGGAUGGCUGCAACCGAUAGCGCAGACAUUCGACUUGACGUGCAUCCGCAGUGCUCGGGCGAAUCGAACGGCGGUAAGAAUAAGCUUAAGCCUGGUGUUUUGGGUGUGCCGGCCGACUACAGCAUGGGGAACAAUACUUCGUCCGCGGCCUCGCAACAGCACAUCACGUGGACAGAGGUACAAACCCGCAGCCCAGAAGAUGCUUUCGAACAAGCGGGUCAGCAUGCGGCCGCUAAAAAAAGAGCACGAGAUGAACAAGUUUAUGAUCUCGAUCCCGUGGAGCGGAAGAAGCGUGAGGCAAUCAAGGCUAGUGAGGAGCGCAGCUGGUACCGGUUGACAAAUGUGGGCGUGGUCGCGUUCUCCCUGGGCUGCUGUGUCGCCUUUACGGGAACGGUGGUCGCCUACGGACGGGCGGACUGGAUUCGCGAUCGAAAGCCCGUGACCACCGCAGAUAACCCACGGUUGGGCGACCCGUUCCAUCCGGACACGGUUCCCACGCCGGCGCUGUUCGUCAUCGCAGCGGUCGUGUCGCUCCUCCUGUUUUUCACAAACCGGAGUCAGAGCGCGGUAUUUUUGUUAAUUCUUGACAAGUACGUAGUAGUAGUUGCUAGACGUUGACGUAAAAAGGAAAAGGUAAGUGCUUGAGGUAGAGGGUUCGUUGAUGGCCGUUGAACUGUGUUCAACGGGUUUGCAGAGACAUAAAAAAUAAAAAUUUUGAAACUUCGCGGAUUUGAAAAUUUUUUGUCGUUUUUCCCGUGGUUUUGCUAGCUUUUUUGCGCGUCCCCCACCGUCUGCUGUAUACACUCGAAAGUAAAGGACCUUCUCUUUCGAGUUUAUGCAACGAACAGACGUCGGCGACCAUGGACUUUUUCGUGUCCGGUGGACACGAUAAAAAUAAAGUUUUGAAAUUUCGCGGAUUUGAAAACUUUUUGUCGUUUUUCCCGUGGUUGUGCUAGUUUUUUUGCGCGUCCCCGACCUUCUGCUGCAUAAACUCGAAAGUAAAGGACCUUCUCUUUCGAGUUUAUGCAACAGAAGUCGGCGACCACGGACUUUUUCGUGUCCGGGGGACACGAUAAAAGUAAAAUUUUGAAAUUUCGCGGAUUGAGCAGUAAAAGUUGGGACUUUACUUCGUCCGUGGUGAGCUACCUUUCAAAUGGUGAAUUUGUUUCGAGUACAUUUUUGUAGAAAAACAUCAAUCUUCUUCAGGUUCUCUGUCCUGCAUUACCUCGGUGGGUGGUCGCUGCCUAUUUCUGGGGCGUGGUUCUUUUAGCAGAGACGUUCCAUUUCAUCUUCAAGCUCUACGUCGCGCGCCCGCGGCCCUGCUUCUACGAUCUGUGCGGGUACGACGAAUCGAAACAGUGCACCUCUGACCUGCGUAAGAUUCGUGUGGCGUACACCAGCUUUCCGUCAGGGCACGCUACGUCGAUUGCCGCGAUUUUCGCUUUUCUGAUCCAGGAUUCCGACAGCGGCGCGGUGGUUGGCCUCAGCUUUCUCUUCGGCCUCUGGGUGAUUCUAUCCAGGAUAACCGACAACCGCCACGACCCGGCAGACGUUCUGACGGGCUGCGGGCUCGGGGGUGGGAGCGCCUUCGUCGGCUACCGGCAUUUGCUCCAGCUGUACCACCGCGACAGAAGAGCAGCGUGGUGUGAAGCGGAGGCAGGAGGAGCUGUGGGAAGGGAAAAGAUAGCCGGCCAGCUGCCAUCAAGUUCAAGUCGUGCUGCGGAGAUUGAACUGCAAGCUUUGUGAACAAUCACGAUGCUGCUUGAAUUUGGACUGACUAGUGAACCACAUUGCAUUUGAUGUCGUUCAUCUUUUAUGCUUGUGCUCUACUCCAACUCGUUUAUUGUGAUUCAUCAUUUGUUGAUCUUGCACUUGCUC